ACUAUACCCGCCAACAUGGGCCGCGUCCGCACCAAAACUGUGAAGAAGGUGGCCCGGGUCAUCAUUGAGAAGUACUACACACGCCUGGGCAACGACUUCCACACCAACAAGCACGUGUGCGAGGAGAUCGCCAUCAUCCCCAGCAAGAAGCUCCGCAACGAAAUCGCAGGCUAUGUCACACACCGGAUGAAGCGGAUUCAGAGGGGCCCGGUGCGAGGCAUCGCCAUCAAGCUGCAGGAGGAGGAGAGAGAAAGGAGGGAUAAUUACGUGCCCGAGGUCUCAGCCCUGGAUCAGGAGAUCAUUGAAGUAGACCCUGACACUAAGGAAAUGUUGAAACUCUUGGACUUUGGCAGUCUGUCCAACCUGCAGGUCACUCAGCCUACAGUUGGGAUGAAUUUCAAAACACCACGUGGAGCCGUUUGAAUCUUUCUGCUGUGCUCUAAUAUCUUCAAGAUCGGAAGAGGGUC